AUGUUUAUAGUCGUCCUUUUUGGAGAUUCCCAACAGGAACUCUUCAACCCAAAUUGUAAAAAUAUAUUGCUGAUAGAAAACAUAAAAAAACGCUGCAACUGCAAAGAAAAAGACACUAUAGAUUUAGCAGAAGAAAGUGGUGCCGUGAAAAGCAUGAAUGAAAGGCCAUCAGAGCAGUUCGCUAGUGAAUAUUUAGAGUAUCGGCGAACAUAUAUUUUGGUCGAAGUUAAACGACAUCUUGACAUAACGACUGGUCACGUUUUCAAGAGUUUUACACCUCUACUGAACGGACUAGACGAAACUAACCCAGACUUCAUAGCGAAAAUAGCAUCACUGAAUCGUGUCGCUGCAAACCGCAGUGCAAAAUCUGCUAAACAAAAUGUUCAGCAGACACGUCAGGGAAAAGGUGCUUUGAAGACGUCGAAGAACCUAACAACUUCAGUUCCAUCAACACGAUCCAAGUCAAUUAUGAAUAAGAAGAGACCUUAA